AUACCUCGAAAAAUAGUACGCCAGUGCAGUGAACCCCGACGGUAAAUUGACGAUUUUCCGUGUUUUAUCGAUAUAAAACUAAGAAGGGUAGCGUCGCGGAUGCUAUCAAAGUGCGUCGUUCGUGGACUGUUUAGAGAUUGAAGAUGUCCGCGUUGAGUGUGAGGGCACCCGGCCUACAGGCCACCACAAUGCUGGACACUAGAUCAUUACGAGUUCGUGGUGUGACCACACUCGAAGGUGUGCGAAGAAACUUGUUCGGUUGCACGGAUAGAGAAGAGAACAGACGGUUCGUUGAGAGAGAGCUGGCGAGGCAGCUGGAACUGGACAGCCAAAGAUGGGGUUUCGAUUUCGCAAAUGAAAAGCCUCUGCCUGGUACGCAGAGGUUCGCUUGGCAGCUCGUACCAGCGUCGACUAUACCCGUCGCAUUGAGAAGGUCCCCCAUCACGAUAACAACACCAAAACCGACAACGCCAGCCCAGGAGUCAAAAGUAUCGAGUCCAGAGAACAGUAAAACGCAAAAGAGAAUAACAGAUUUCCUGAAACCCCGCAAGCGGCUACCGACCAGCGGGAAGAAAUCGCCGGCGCACAAGCACAAGCACGAAUGCGGCCACGGCGCGCACAUCCGCCCCCCCAAGGUGGCGAGGCUCGCGCAGGCGCACUUCAAGCGCACCAGCUAGGCCGCGGGCGCCAGCCCCGCCACGAUCGGACGCCAGGAGCCACAGGAAGAAACAUGUCGAAUGGCAGCUCACAUGAAACGAACGCUGGAAAUGUUAACAAGGAGUAAUAUUAGAUUGUCAUAAAUAGAACAAACAUCGGCCGAGGGGAGCCGAGGUCGCGGGACGGGGUGUCGCGUCAAAGGACUUCAGUUGGAUAAUGGAUUUACCUCAGAUCAUGUUUGAAUAUUUUUUCCACGUAUCAUGGCGUCGUUCGAUCCGCGCGGGUCCUGUGAGGCAAUUGUGCAAAUUUAUUUUAUAUCUCUUAAUUUAUUUUGAUUGUCGAUGAUGCAAUCGCAUUGAAGAACAAUAUAAUAACGUUAAGUAAUUUGUAAGAUAGUUUCAGACAUUUAUAAUAGCAUAUGAUUUAAUAAUAUAUACUACGACCCGAUAAUGUCACUCGAAGCAUCACAAGCUCUUUCAGAUUUUGCUCAAAAACAAUUUCAUCAGGCAAAAACAUUUGAUAUUUCACAACUUGCAGUAAUGUUUAUAUUUAGUCCCGGGCAAUAUAUUUAUAUUAUGUGACAAUUAAUUAUAAGUUUAUUAUGAUCUCUUUGACAAAUAAAUUAAGUUAUAGUAGUCGUAGAGAUAGGUUUAGUAUUCGGUUUAAGGUACCAAGAUAUAUAAAUAUUCGGAGCUAAUUUAUACACGCAUUAAUUCAAACGUUUACAACGAAGGUCACAAUCGUUAGCGCCUCGGGAAACCAACCACGGCCCCGUGGAAAUUAAAUUUUCACUGACGCGGUUGAGUUCUCGAUGUAUUUCGUUGAAUGAAAAUUAAACUGUCCUUGCAACCUCCGCGGCCGACGCGGUGGCUGCAAGGACACCAAAGUUCAUUAAACAUUAAGAAGCAAGCUAGAUUUAAUGAAAUACAAAUACUCAAAGGAUUGUCUCGUUACCUCACCGUAACAUAAUUAUUGCCAAUUUAAUAUUAAAGUAGAUACGAAUAUGUUUAUAAUGAAACGUUGAGUAUUUGUGUUUUGAAUAAGAGUUCAAUCUAUAACUUUUAAAGUGUAAGCGUAUUCGUUUUGUUGUUUUAUUUUAAUGGAAUAUAUCUUUAUGAUUAAUUAAUUAAUUAUUGUUUCGAUUGGACCUCUAAAUUUUUUUUCAAUAUUACGAUAGAGACCGCGAUCCCUUUAUUAAAGUACAAAUUCACGUCUGUUUAGGUCGAAGGGUCGCGGUGGAAUAUUUAAAAGACACUCAUUUUCAUUCAUUUUUACGAUUAAAUUCGUUAGGUUUUAUGUUUUAGUAUCGGCAUCCGAAUGCCGGUGCGUUCUGCCAAAGUGAAAACUCUGGGUGGGUCUGACUAGACUAAAUGAAAUUAUAAAUGAAUUAACGGUUGGACGAUGUUAAGAGAAUAUUAAAGUGCCGCUCCAGGUCGCGUUUAUAAUCAUUACGUGCUGUUCGGUUGAAUAUGACUUGUUUAUAAAGUUUGACGUUGUUCUUGAUUUUAUGAAUUGUGUUUACGUGUGAUCUCUGAAACAGACGCGACAUACAUACAUAUACAUACACGCUAUUCAUAAGUACCAACUGAUUUAUACACAAAAAUAAUUACAUAUUAAAAUUCGAUAUUGUUUAAGACACCUACUGUUAUUGAAAUGUGUUAGAAAUAGUUGCCCGGAAACCAGCAGUUUUUGGACGAAUAUUUGUAACCUUGAAGGCUUUUGUUCAAGAGAUUACACCGCAAGUGUUUGAUAUAAUUUUAUUGUUUAAAAAUUCUAUUCGAAUGUCGUACGUCCGUCGCACGGCGGGUACGAUGUUGUUCUUUGUAGGUAAAGAGAUUGUAUUCGUUUGAAGGGUUUGGACACGGACACAGAAAGCACUUCGAUCUUAUAAUUUUAAUUUAAUAUAUUCUCUUUAACACCUGUGAUGUAUUAAAUAUGAUCUCAGAACAUAAUUUUACUGUAUGCAAUUUGUCAUAUUAUAUAUAUAUAUAUAUAUAUAAAUAUAUAUAAAUAUAUUUUGUUUAAAAUAGUGUUAGUUACUGAAAAUGACGUUAGGAAACUUGAGUAACUACAAAAACUGUAUCCCUGGCUGAUCAAAGAGAAUGAGAAAUAAUUUAAUACAUCAAAUAUAAUUUUUAUUUUUUUUGUUAAUAUAUAAAGUUUUUUUAAUGUAUGAUUUGUGUAAAUUUUGACUGAAUAUUUAGUCUGUUCGAGUCCGCUGGCUGUUCGGUAGACUCGCGGCACUGUACAUAUUGCGCACACAUGUGUAUUUAUUAAGCGGAAAAUAACAGUCAGCGAGCCCUUGGGAUACGAGAAAUAUAUAUUGCGAAUUAUUAAAGAAUAAAGCUCCAGAGGCAAAACUGCUUGAGAGUCCGAGCCGAAUAGUUUUAUGUCCAUAUGUAUCACGUUUAUUUCAAUAUGUAUGUCUCGCGGCGGAAACCCCGCCGCCCGAUUCUGUAAAUAUUCGGCCACUGUUGUCUAAUUAAUGUUUUAUAGUGUAUCGAGUUCCAUAUCAUUAUAUUGUGUAAUGUAUAAAACUUAAAAUUAGUUUUAAAAAAACUUACUUCAUACGGUA